AUGUCGUCGAAGCUCAGGAUAUUAGUCCCCGUCAAACGUGUCAUUGAUUAUGCUGUCAAGCCCCGCGUAAAAUCCGACCGCACCGGCGUCGAAACCUCCGGCGUGAAACACUCCCUGAACCCGUUCGACGAGCUCUCGAUCGAAGAAGCCGUCCGACUGCGCGAGCGCAAACAACCUGUAGAAGACAUCUUGGCUGUAAGCGCGGGCCCUGCGAAAUGCGCCGACACCCUUCGAACCGCAAUGGCCAUGGGGGCGGAUCGAAGCAUCCACGUCGACGUGCCCGAAGACAAACCCCUUGAACCGCUGGGCGUGGCAAAGCUGCUGAAGGCCAUCGCCGAGAAGGAGAAGAGCAAUCUGAUCAUCCUGGGCAAACAGGCGAUUGAUGACGACGCGGCCCAGACGGGACAAAUGCUCGCGGGCCUGCUGAACUGGCCCCAAGCCACGCAGGCCUCGAAAGUGUCCAUCGACAAUGACACGGUGACGGUGGAACGCGAGGUCGACGGCGGCGUGGAGACACUACGGGCGAAGCUGCCCAUGAUCAUCACGACGGAUCUGAGACUCAACGAGCCGCGCUACGCGAGUCUGCCCAACAUCAUGAAGGCCAAGAAGAAGAAGCUGGAGAAGAAGACACUCGGCGACUACGGCGUCGACGCGACGAGCAGACUCAAGACCAUCAAGGUUGAGGAGCCGCCCGUAAGGCAGGGAGGCGGCAAGGUCGAGGACGUCGACGGCAUGAUCAAGAAGCUGAAGGAUUUGGGUGCCCUGUAG